AGUCUGGGUGGAGUGAAGUUUAGAUAGAGACUCCAACAAAUUAGCCAGGAGGACUGCGUUAUGGCUGAAUGAAAACAAAAAAUACCAAGAGAACUGAAAAACAUCUUUUUUUUACAAAAAAAAAAAAAAAAAAAAACCCUAAAAAAAAAGCAUCCAGGUCUUUACAAAGACGUUACAAAACACUGAGCUGAGAUGAGUGAUGUGAGCGAAGAGUCGCUGCUGGAUUAUUUCUACUCCACCGGAGGCAAUUCAGGCAGAGUCAAAAACGCUGACAUACUGAAGACAUUUAAGCCCUUUAUUGGCCAUAGUGACUUGCAGUUGCGUGCUAAAUACAGAGAGGAAUUCAAGCUCAUCAUUGACCGAAUUGCUGUGGUGAAGUCUGAGAAUGGAGAGAAGUACCUCGUCCUAAAGAAGAAAUACAGGCAGCUGCUGCAUGAGCGCGACACCAAACAUCAGGGUACAGACGGCGACGCACAGAGACAUGCGAACCCAACCAAAACAACGGCCACCGUACAGUGGAACGCAACAGACGCCUCGACGUCUCCUCCUCAACAGAAGGAGCAUCAGGAUGAGCUGAUUUUAUGUGGAGAGCCCGAGUGCACUGCAGAGUCCGAGUCAGAGCAAGACGAGGAGUGUACGUGCAGCAUGGGCUCCGCUGCCGUCGCUCUGGAUCCUAUAGAAAAAGAGUGGAUCUACUCUGCUGCCGGCGCUCGAGUCCCUGACCUCUCUCAGCUGCUCAGACAGGACCCCUCGCUGGCAAACAAGAAGGUAGCGCUGCCUUCUACAGCUCUGCACUGGGCUGCCAAACAUGGCAACGAGGACAUGGCCACUCUGGUGGUUAAUGCUGGUGCUGAUGUCAACACCAAAUCACAUGGGGGGUACACACCUUUACACAUUGCAGCGUUACAUGGUCAUCAGCGUAUUCUUGACCUGCUCAUAGGGACAUAUGGUGCUAAAGAAAACUUAAGGGACUACAGCGGCCAUCUUGCCUGCCAUUAUCUAAACAGAAAAGAACCAGAGGUUCCAGAGGAAGACUGCGAACUUCAGUUUCAAGUCACUCAGGCCAGGGAACGGAACAAGAACAGGAAGUUGGUAUCAUUGUUCCACUCGAAGAAAAAGUGGGGCUCAGCAGAGGAGCUGGCUCCCAUAGAGGAGGAGAGGACGGCGUCGCAUCAGCUCGUCCUUCCUCCGUUCAGACCCAGAAAAUUCUCACGCUAAAGACGUCAUGGACGAUUUCUGACUCUUACACUCUCACUUAUACAGAUCAUCCCUACAUUCAUAUUAACACACGUAAUGUAAACCCCCAUGCAUAUGCCAUUGAACUGUAUAUUUACGAUGUACACACACACACUGACACACACAUACCAUUCGUACUCAUGCUUGCAGACACAAUCACACAUGCUUGCUCAUGCACCUAAAAGCUCAUACAGACACUAAACACAGAUGCUUUAACUUUGAGUUGAUGCCAUGCUUAUAUGUGUAUUAUCAGAAUUUAUGCGUACCACAGAAGUAUUUCUUGAAGCCUUUAAAUUUUAGUACAUGUUGCUUAAUGUUACUUAUGCCUUACAAUUUCAUACGAGCUCAGGCCACAGGGAUUCUUUUACGCUUGCCUUUGCCUUUGUUUGAGUUAAAGUGAGGAGUUCUGACAAAAGGACAACGGGACUGUAAAAGGGUCCAAAUCAUCUAGAUUCAGGUUUACUCUCAGUGAAAAGUGAAAGGAUACAGUUGGUAAUAUUCUAUAAUUUUGUUAUUGUCUACAGAUACCAUGAAAAGACAAGUUUCAUUUUUUUAAAAAGUGAAAUAAUCUCCUAAAACAAUUGAGCACUGUCAUUUUCAGCAAAUGUUACUGAAGCAGGAGUAAACAGUUUAUAUAAGCCACAGAUUUGAUGUUGUAGUGAGUAUUUACAUCAACAGGACAGUACAUGUGGGAACUGAAUAAACUACGGUGCCCAUGUUUAUCAUAAUGAAGGAACAUGCCUUGCCGUAUGCUGUCAUGAUGACUACCCACUGAUGUUAGAUAACGUUUGAGUUUUUGACUGAUGUUUCUGCAGCCUGGGGACAGAUAAUCUGGCCUCUCUGCAGCUUCCUUUGAAAACUGAUUAGAUUUUAUUUUAUCUUCUCACCCCGGUGUAUCUGAUUAUUUCAACCUUUGCGAUCAAGAUUUGCACUGUCACAAUGUGAAUCAGUGUCUUCUGUUUUAUUCUGCCAAUCGGUUCAGAGGGCUUUUUGCAUUGUUCAUUAUUUUCAUUUGCUGUGGAAGAUGUUAAUUAUGUAUGUAAUGUAAUCUGAAGAACCAGCCUCCAUUACAUCUUUUGCACAAUAUUUAUACAAUGAAGUUAUUUUAGUAUUAAACUGUAUUUUAUA